AUGCAGGUGCUUCGCCCUGUCUUGCUUCGUCGAGCACAGCGAGUAAUUCUAGAGGGCAGAACUGCUCGGCUCGCCCGCUCAGGCUUGGUAUACAGCUGGCGAGCUCAGCACGACCACCAUGGCCCUCACAAAGAAUACUUCCAGACGCCUGGUCAGAUGCCGGUUCCCGACUCCACGCCCUACACACACGGUCAAACCUACAUCCCCAAGAUACAGAAUGUCACUCCUCCAUCGCGAGUGGGUGGUGGUGGCUCGCUCUUGACGAGCUUCAGCCGCUCUGUCUUCUGGGCUGCCCUUUUCGCAUCUCUGGGUGUCACGGCGGGAACAGCGUUGAUAACCUGGGAGUACCUUCAGCCGCCCUUCGAGCCCGGUUCGCCCGCGGAACAAGAACUCUACGAGGAAAUCCUCGACGCGAUGGAACUUCACCCGUUGGUCGAUUCGCUACGGCAGGCAAAUUGGAUAGAGGAGAACUACUACGCGACUCACGGCGGGAUAGAGAAUAAAGGAUUACAUCUCGUGGCGGAGAAACUUGAAGGAACGCAAGGGGUGACCAUGAAGACAUUCAAGCACCCGACUCAGGAAUUUACCAUCAUGGUCUGUUUUCUGGGGUUCGGCCUGGAGGGUUGGCCGGACACAAUUCAUGGCGGGAUGAUUGUGACUCUGAUUGAGGAAGGCAUUCAACGACAGAUUCACAACUUCUACAAGAAGUAUGGAAGUCGAGACCACCAGAUGAUAUCGAUUGAUUUCAAGAGAAGGAUGCGCCCUGGAGAAAUAUAUGCGAUCAUCAUCCCCCCUGCGCAGUUGGAGCCAGAUCCAGGCCCGAAUAUGAUGCAUCUGCAGUUGGCACCCAUGGUGGUGAGGAUUGAGGCUCCUCCAAGGAUUACGCCUGAGUUGCUCACAAUCGAGUUGCCGUCUAUUGAUGAGUUGCAUGCGCUGGCCAACGUCGAGGUUCGACUGGUGCAGUUCAAGAAUGAAGAAGACACGGCGGAGCGCGAAGGGGGAGGUAGCGUUCGAAAAGAUUGA